GAGCAAUUCUCAACGAAGGCGACCAGUGCACCAGUUUGUUAUGGUGCGAGGUUCAUCUGGAGAGGAAAGUCUUCACACAGACUCCACCUAAGUCUGUACCUAAGUCUAAAACCCCUAAGUUAUCCUGUGUGAAUGAAAUAAUUUGCCUAUGGCAGAAGAUAUUACAAUGUCAGUUGAAACAAUCAAAGAAAGAAGUUUACAAGAGGAAGAAAAAUCACAAGACCCCUUGGGAGAUCAGAAUGAGAGAUCAGAUGACAUUACAAGAGACCAGAACAGUAGAUCUGAUGAUGUCAUAAUGAAAGACCAGAUUGAAGAGCCAAAUAUCUCUAGUACAAGUAAUAGGGAAUCUUGGGAUAUUAUUAUUCAUCUUCCAAAAAACUCUGACAACUUUAAGAAUCCAUAUGCUCCAAGAUUGCUAGAAUUGAUGAAGCGGGCAGAUGUUGUGAAGGGAAACGGAACAAUUACAAUAUCAAGCAGAUCAGAAACCGAGGCCGAGAAACUGAAGGUGGAGCUCCAACAAGAAACACUUGAUGGAGAGAUGCUAGAUAUACAAACACUGUAUGUUCCAAAAACAGAAUCACAUGAGAAUGAGUCUUUAAUUCUGUAUGUUGGAGGCCUUCCAUCAAGCACUACUAAAACCCAUGUGAUGGAUGUCUUCUCCAAGGCUGAGCGAGUUGAGAAGCAUCUUGGGAGUGAAAAUGGCGAUUCUGAUUUACUCGUAUAUUUCCACGUUUACUUCAAGACUGCAGAUGCCAUUCAGAUGGUGUUAGAAAAUAAGCCGUGGCAUAUCAACGGUGUUGAAGCAACUGUAAAUAUACUAAAGCAGCCGCCAAAGGAACACAAGGAGCAGCAAGAGGCAUUAAAUCAGAAGAGAGAGACUAAUGAUAAGGAGGAGAGCACAGGAUCUAGCAAUGAAUCAACAAAGAGAAAAUUGGAGUGUCAAGCUUUGUCAUGUGAGAAAAUACCCCAAACUGCAACAAAGCAGCAGCCAUUGAACAAAAAGGCAAAGAUUUUACGUAAGGCUGGUAAGGAUGGUAGACCCCUUAUUCAAAGAUGGAAUUUAAUGAUAAGUCUACCAAAGAAAAAUCCAACAUUCUCUUUGAAGGACCCUGAAAUUAUUAAGUUAAUUGAAUAUCUGAAGGAAACUACUGAUGAAAUUAACAUCAACAGGUAUAUCACUGUAUCAUGUAGAUCUGAAAUUGAGGCAAAUAUAUUGAAAGCCAAAGUGAAUGACUUUCAAAUGGAAGGAGAGAAGAUCCUAUUUUCAGAUGUAAAUAUAGCUGUUCAGUUGACUAAGAGGGAUCUCUACCCGCUUUAUGUUGGAAACAUGAAUUCCAAAGUUAGUAAAGAUAAAUUACAAGCCAUCUUCCCUACGGCAGAAAAAAUCAAUUACCGUUCAUCUGGCGGCCCAAUUAAUACUAAAAGAUUUUACUUUGUGUAUUUCAAGACUAAAGAGGAAGCUUUGAAGAUUUUAAAAGCUCAGCCAUAUUACCUUGAUGGGCAAAUGUUGAUGGUCAAUAAUCCUAAAAAUUCUAAAAAUGAUUUGGAAGCAACAAAGGAUGAGACUUUUCCGGACUUGUGUAAAGAGGAGGGCAUGUGCAAAACCAGCAUACAACAAGCUUCUCAUUCGGAAGGCUCGGCUGAUGAACACGAAGAUGAUAUUACAGAUGACAGACUAUCACCAAAUGAAAGGACCACAGAAAAUGAGCACACACACACGUCAUGUGAAGAAAAUGUAUCGGCAAUGGAACAUAGUGACGACUUGCAUGAAAUUCACUUGUGUCUUCCCAGGAGUAAAAAAUCAUUAAAACAUCCUGAUAUUAUAAAGCUAAUGAAGGUGCUAGAUGAAGCUGUUGAUAUUAGGAUUCACAGGGAAUUUCAUGUGUUGUGUCCAACAGAAGCUGUAGCAGACAAAGUAAAAACAGAGGUAACAAGUAUUGUGAUACAGGAAGAAAAUAUCAAAGUUAUUACCAAGUACAAAGCCUACAGAGAGCCUGUUCGAGACCCAAAAUGGAAUGCCGUGUAUAUUGAAGGCCUCGUAGCAGGGACCACGAAGGAAGACGUGAUGAAAGUUUUCCCCUCCGCUGAAAGAAUUGAACAAGGAACAUCUGGUAACGAAGAUAAUCAAAAAGUGUUCUGCUUCGUGUACUUUAAUAAAAAAGCAUAUGUUAAGGAUGCAAUACAGCAAAAUCCAUGGUACAUCAAAGGCAAGGAAGUGUUUGUUAAUGAAGCCAUUCCUGAUGUUCCAAAGAGACCACAAUUUCAGAAGAAGAAGUUCAAGCAGAAGAGCCGCCACUCUCACCGACCUAACAGUUAUGAUUACUACUACCAGAACUACCAGAACAAGCAUCAAUACUACCAAGAUUAUUAUCCUGAGAAAAUUCGUCGUGGUAAACAAAAGCCUACAACAAGUAACAAAGCUUCGCUUAGCAAAUUUGAAAAGUUCGCUGCCUACAAUUGGUAAACAUGGAGAACUACAAAAUGUUUGGAUGAAAAAUAAUUAACAAGACUGUCAGAUAAUACUGAUGAUAAAAGAUGUGCUUUUUCCGUUUCAUACAUUGAACAAGAUGAAAAUAAGUUAUAUUAUGAAUGUUCACCUGUACUGAAUUACAUGUCAUAAUUUGUUCUUUCUAGAGAGGUACAAGAAAGGUAGUAUAAUUAGUAAUAAUAAAACUGCUCUUUUUGAGCAUAGGCCACUCAGUCACUCCCUUUGGUAAUAUCCUGCUUUCCCCUGGAAUAUUGAGACUUCAAAGUUUUGUAAAUUGGGUCAGUGUGACUUUCCAUUUCUCGACGAAGUGGGUAUCUUUUUCUAAAUACUCCUCCACUAGGCCAUAACAGGAGGAAGAGAGCCUGAAGAAUUCUCAGUUAAGAUGAAUGUCAGGUUCAUUUCUCUACACAAUUUCAAACUAUAUAGUACUGGUACUUAAAAGAAACUGCUAAGUAUUCCUCUGCUAUUCUAACAACCAAUAACUAGCUGCUCAUGCAGCUGCGACUACAAUGCAUCACCAGGAUAUAGCACUGGUAUUAUAGGCAGUCAAAUGAUCACAUCUUCCUUUUCUUCUAUGCUCACCGUAGUAUCAGCAGCAACUUCUUGUGACAAACUUCUUUCCCUGUCUUUUUUUUUUUAGUAUCUUUCCUGUCUCACACUGUGCCCCUACUCAAAGUGAAAGAAAUGAGCAUGCUCCUCUCAUACCAAAGUGCUACCAAUUGUAGUGUAGGUGUGAUGCGUAACAGUGGAGGCCAGGCAGGUAACUAGUCUUUACAGUAGUUAAGAAUAGAAGAACAAUAUUUAGUAGUUUCUUUAAUUUUAAGUACUGUAUUCUUAGGCGUUGAGUGAAGAGAAAUGGGCCUUCUGAAUGUCAUUUAGAGGUAGACUAGGAAUUUUCCAGUGUUGCCACUUUUUCUCCAUUAUGAGUAUAUGACUGGCAGGGCCAUUUAGGAAAGCUCCUCACUGCUUUGGAAGAUGGAAUGUCACACUGGCAAUUCAUAACGUUCCAAGAGGUAGUGGGACAAGUCUAAGGAAACCACGAAGUGACCUGCUCAAAAAUAAGUACAUUUCAGCUAUACUCAAUCCCAUUUUUUAACAUUCUGUAUGUACUACAAAUAAGUUAUAAUGUAUUGAUAAAUGAGCAGAAUAAACCAGGCUGCUUUAAAUAAGUUUGUAAUUUAAUUUUACAAGAAUGAGCAUUUUAAUAGAUUUGAAAGGAUAUUUAUCAAGAAUGUGGUUUUCCUUUAAUUUUUGAGUCACGUGUCCUGUGACAUCCUGUAUGUAUUUUUAAAAUCACUUUUAUUUAUUAAAAGUCUUGCCAGAUGCACUUAUACAUAUAUGCUAAUUAGGAAAAAUAGAUCAAAGACCUUAAGGUUCUAAUUUCACAAAUAUCUUUAUUACACAAUAUGGAUGACAUGUUUUAAUGCAAGCAGAACAUGUUAAGACACUUUUAAAGGCACAUUCUCUCCUCUUUAAAUCCAAAAUACAGUAUUGUACUACAUACAACAGGUAUAAUAAAUGCAUUAGAAAUUACAAUGAAGCAAAGUCAUAUCACAUGAAUCUAAACUUUUGUAUUAAAUCAAUAUAAACUUAAACAAAAAUGUCAAUCACAUUCUUUAUAUCCAGUGUCAUAUUAUUUAAUCAGCCUCUUCUUAAUAUGUUAGUAUUCUGCUGAUGCAGAAUACUAACAUAAAUGUGUGUUUUUCACUUAUAUGCAACAGGGACAUCUUUAUUAUGAUUCAACAUCAUCAACCUCCUCGUCAACACUGGUAUCAUUUUCAGCAUCAUCACUGUCAUCUUCAUCAUUACAGAUAUCAUUUGAAACUGCAUCCACCUUCAUGAUGAAAAAAUAAUUUAGUAUGUUCAUGGAAAAAAACAUUCAAGAUUAAUUAGCUAUGUAAAUGACAAUUUUAACUCUCGGAAACUUCGUUUAACAAAAUUCUAAAUUAGUUUUUAAUACUGUUAUAUCAGUUGUGCAAACUGGCUGGAUAAUGAGAGGAACUGUUAAGAACAAUCAAGUGAAACAGGAGUAUAAGUAUAAAGGGUAUGUAAAAAUAUCUAAAAAUGAAUUAGAAGAUCAAGAGAAAAAUUUUGGAAAAUUAUUCAGAUAACACAAAGCUGUUUUGGAAAGAAGAGCAGCAGAGAUACUGGUGGUCGGAUUUAAUGGGAAUAAUCAAGUCGCAUCCUUGGACAAGGGUGUGACUUGAUUAUCAUCUACCCAACCCAACCACUUGGGAUGUACGGUAGAGUGACGGUCUCGCUUCCUGCAGUUCGGCGUUCAAUCCCCGACCAUCCAAGUGGUUAGACACCAUUCCUUUCCCCCGUCCCAUCCCAAAUCCUUAUCUUGACCCCUUCCAAGUGCUAUAUAGUUUAAUGGAUUGGUGCUUUCCCCUGAUAGUUCCCUUCCUUUAGACAUGAGAGAAUGUUAACUGGUGAAGCAGAAAUUUGAAGUACUGUACAGCAAGUGAUGAGAAUACUUUGAAAGUCUAAUAGGUGGAAAUGAUGAAAGUGAUUAUAUUUAAAUGCGAGAGAAGAAUGCAAAGAUAGUACUACCUGUAUAUGAGCCGAUUUAUCUUCUGUAUAUGCAAGUUUAUCUGUGAGGAACCUGCAGUGUUAAUGAGAUAAUGUCAAAAUAUAUAAAUAUAUAUAAAUAUAUUAUAUAUAUAUAUAUAUAUAUAUAUAUAUAUAUAUAUAUAUAUAUAUAUAUAUAUAUAUAUAUAUAUAGUGGGGAAUGUCUCUAGAGGCCAGGAAUAGUAGUGCUGUGCCAGAAUAUUGAACAAUUGCUGCAAUUAUAUUGCUAUAAAAAGAGAAAUUUAGAGAGAUGAAGUUACUGAGGUAUUUAUUUGUUAAGUGUACAAGCAGUCCCUGAUCUGCACAUAGUUUAUGAUUCUGUAAAAGUAAAGAAAUAAUAAACAAAUCAACACUAUUUCCCAUAUACCUCUUCUUUUAUGUUCUGGAGUUCUAAAGGUUCUCUUUAUUCCACUCUUUAUUCGGCAAAACAAAUUUAAAAGCGAAAAUUUUCAAGGGGAAAUUGGACAAGUUUCUGCAUGAAGUACUAGCACAACUGGGUUUAAAUAGAUAUUUGUGCCCGAGGGCCACCGCCAUACUAAUUGAGUUAUCACCAAACAAACGUGGCCAGAUUUGGAGAGAAGAACUCUCAAACCUAACUACAGGUAAGUUGGCUGGCUAUCAGGAAGGAGGUAAUGUAGGCCACAAUGUAUGCCAAAAGACAAGGUAUUUAGUCAUGCUGGCAAACAGGUAGACCAGCAGGCAGGAAAAGUACAGGCCUUCAAUAUGGUCUUCAUUACCCUGUAGGAGAGGAGGGAAUUUAUCCUCAGGUCCAAGGAGCAACCCUUCUUCCCUCAGGUCAUUGAAGUACUAUACUGUAAACACUUUCCUACUCCUACAAGCUCUGCACCUUAUGAGAACCAAAAAAUGCUGUUAGGGCCAAGUGUAAAGCAUUUGAUUAUUUUAGUUUUUCUUCUAAACUAUUUUGGUUACUGCCAUAGCAGGCUAACUGGCAACUCUUGGUUCCAGCUCCAUCACCAGACACCCGGCAUCACACAUUGUAAAAUGUCUGAUCCAUAUGUACUACAUGUGUCAAAUUUAAUGUUAAGCAGAGGAUAGCUUUGUGUUAUGCAGAAAGUUAUGGAGACUAAAUGGAAAUUUAAUUGAGUGGGAGAAUAUUGUUAAAAAUGAAUUCAGAAUAAAGUGAAGUUAUGGUGGCAACGAGAGGCUAAUAAAUUAUGUAAAUAAAUGAUAAAUCAGUGUAGAUACAUAGGAUAAGUGACUGAUACUCACAAAGUCAGUAAAUGGUAAGACUUUAAACUGAAUGUAUCACAAGAGUUUGGUCAUACUGAAGAAAGGGGUAAUAAUGAGGAAGAGUGCAUUCAAGUUUUUUGUGAGGGGAGAGGAAGGAAAAAGAUGACAAUGGACAAACAUGAUAUAUUUAGCAAGAACAUACCUUAAUGCGUUUUGCAUGUGGACUGUGUGAACGUUUGUAAAAUGGCCUCUUCUUGACAAGACAUUCCUCUUUCAUGACUUGCACGUAUUUUCCAUUGAUACGACGAUUUUUGAUAGCCAAAGCCUCAUUGAAAUCAUCUAAAUUAGCAAACUCUAUGAAUCCAUUACUGAAAAAAAGGUAGAAGUAAUAAGCUACAUUUCAAUUUGUAUCUCUACAGUACAUCUAUGCUGUUAAUAAUACAGCCAGUAAGGUAAUACUGUACAUCCUCAAAAUGUAUUCUUUUACAGCAAUAAUGAUUUUAAAAAAUAAGAUGUACUGUAUAUUGUUUUUAUGAGCUAUGAAGUAAGUGCACACACAUGCCUAAGAUAAAACUUUGGUAGGACAUUGUGGGUUUUGUAAAAAAAAAAAAAAAAAGUUUUUUGCACUUCUAAAAAUUAACAAAUUUCCAUGAAAGAAUAAAGAGAAAGAUAAAGUCAAUCCCAAGCAUUAUGAAGCUCUAAGUAAAAUAAUUAAAAUAAUAAAAUUAUUCAUUUAAAACAGAUUUAAAACAUAAGUUUAUUAUUUUUGCCCGAUUCCUAAAGAUUGUCACAUGCAAGAUGGAGCAGCUCAUUUUCUUGUUUAGGAGUUAGGUUCAACUCCACCAUAGAUUCAUGCAUCUAAAAAAUAAAUAGCUCAUUUAC